AAUACAACACUACUUACAUAACCAUUUUGACAAUGAAUACUUAACUAAUAUUGUGGUUGAACUCCACUGUCAGAAUCACCAUCACCAAAAUCAGUCAUCUUUUCUAACACCUAUCAUGUGAAUCCAUAAUGAUGAUGUCAGCUUUGUGAUCCAACUACUUAAUCCACACAUGUAUAGAGCCUCUGUUAAUGUAAUAAGGUCCACCCCAUCAGAAGCUCUAUAAAAACGGCACAAACCGCUGAGACCUGACCGUUUGUGGAAAUCACACCAAUCGAGUUAAGUUUUAUUCUUGGGAUCUUUUGACUGUCAUGCUGAACUUAACAGAAAGCAACAAUCUAAGCAACACUUCUUUGUUGUCUAAUUUAAAACCAUUAAAUGAAAAAGCGUUGCUGGUGCAGGUUCUGGUGGGAAUACUUCUCUAUGUAAACGGACUGAUGAUCUUCACUUUCCUGAAGAAAAAUGUCUUCUUGGAAGAAACACGCUACAUUUUGUUUGCUCAGACGCUUUUUGUUGACUCUGCUAAUAUGCUGUUAACUUGUUUAACUUUGACAGGAAUGGUUAUUCAAUAUCCAGUUCACAUUAUUCCAUGUUGUAUCAUCUGUACAUUGUUGUCUUUGCUCAAUAUUUGUACUCCUGUGACUCUUGUAGCGAUGUGUUUGGAGCGCUAUGUGGCUAUAUGUAUGCCUUUAAGACACUCCAGCAUUUCAACACCCAAAAACACUUUAAUUGUACUUAUUGUGAUAUGGGCUGUCAGUUUUAUUUUACCACUGUUUGUACUUAUGGUGUUUCUUGUUUAUGCUUCACCUGUUGUCCUGCGCUCAUAUGUUAUCUGUAGCCUGGAGGUCAUGUUAAGAGUAAACUGGCUUGCAGACAUGAGGGCUGCAAGUCUACAGAUAUUAUUUAUCAUAAUGUUUUGUAUUGUCAUCUCCACCUACAUUAAAAUUAUGACUGCUGCUCGAUCAGCCACAUCUGAAAACAAAAAGUCAUCUAAGGGUCUCAGAACUGUAAUUCUCCAUGGUAUUCAGCUGUUUCUAUGUAUGCUGCAGUUUAUAGUGCCUUAUAUAGAAAUGCCUUUAUGGAAACUAGAUUUAGUGUUAUUUUUUAAUGUAAGAUACUCAAAUUACAUUCUGUUUGUUAUCUCACCUCGAUGUCUGAGUCCAUUAAUUUAUGGAUUAAGAGACAAAAAGUUUUGUAAUGCUCUGAAACAUUACGCCUUUUGUGGCUUUGCCGUGGUUAAUCGGCACAAAAUACGGCAUGUUAAAACAGUCCCAUUAGAGGUGAAUUAA